AGCAGCAGCAACCUUUUAGCACACACAGCUCUCCUUAUGUCUGAGUAGUGUUUACAGAGGAGAAUUCACUGGAACCAAACAGGACUGAGAAAACUUCCCACUAGCUGUCGUUUGCUGAAACUGGGGACAAAAACAGAGGACAGGAUGGAUUCUUUCCAGUUGCUUUUUCUGCUGCUGUUGUAUGGAUGUCUUCCAAAAGUAUUAUCAGUGCAGAUGUGUGACGUUGUGAACGAGAUUGAGCUGGAGAAAGAACGCUGUGAAAAUCACAUUUCUGGGAAUGUCACUUCAGGCUGCCAGGGGAUGUGGGACAUCAUUGCCUGUUGGCCUUCAGCCAAAGUUGGACAAGUGGUGACGAUAACCUGUCCAACAUAUUUCAGUUACUUCAGCGACAAACAGAGAGGUAACCUCUCCAAAACCUGCACAGUGGACGGCUGGACCGAAAUGCAUCCAAUUGACAUCGCUGUGAACUGUGGAUACAAUCUCAAUAGUACCAGCGAUGAAGGAAAGUUUUUCUGGCAAGUGAAGAUUGGCUACACUAUUGGUCACAGUGUUUCGCUCAUCUCUCUGAUUACAGCUAUUGUGGUCCUCUGCAUCUUCAGAAAACUCCACUGCACAAGGAACUACAUCCACAUGCAUUUGUUUGUGUCAUUUAUCCUGAAGGCCAUUGCUGUGUUCAUCAAGGAUGUGGUUCUCUACGAGUUUGGCGAGGUGGACAACUGCUCUCCAGGCUCUGUUGGCUGCAAAGCAGUCAUUGUGUUCUUUCAGUAUUGUGUGAUGGCCAGUUUCUUCUGGCUGCUUGUGGAGGGCCUCUAUCUUCAUGCAUUACUAGCCGUCUCUUUCUUCUCUGAGAGGAAAUACUUCUGGGCUUACAUUAUGAUCGGCUGGGGAGGUCCAGCCAUUAUCAUCACUGCCUGGAGCAUCGGUAAAGCAUACUACAGUGAUGUAGGGUGCUGGGACAUCAUCGAAACCACAGAUGUGUUCUGGUGGAUUAUUAAAACACCCAUUUUAGCAUCAAUCCUGGUGAAUUUUGUUCUUUUCAUCUGCAUCAUUCGAAUACUUCGCCAGAAGAUCAACUGCCCGGAUAUUGGAAGAAAUGAGUCCAACCAGUAUUUGAGACUUGCAAAAUCAACGCUGCUUCUGAUUCCUCUGUUUGGAAUCAAUUUUAUAGUGUUUGCAUUCAUCCCCGAGCAAGUGAAAACUGAAUUACGGCUCAUUUUUGACUUGAUUCUGGGAUCAUUUCAGGGCUUUGUGGUCGCAGUCCUUUACUGCUUCCUCAACGCUGAGGUCCAAGGGGAGAUCAAAAGGAAGUGGCGGAGGUGGCACUUACAGAGAUACAUGGGCUCAGACUCCAAAUACCAACACCCGUCCAUCGGCAGCAGCAACUUCAGCACCCAAAUCACCAUGUUGACGCGUUGCAGUCCCAAAACACGACGCGGAUCGUCCUCCUGUCACGAUGACUUUUCCUCCAUUUGAGUCACGAAAACAGAGAUGCAGACAAGCAAGCUGUCACACGGGAAACUCUCGAACAAAAAAAUACACCCUCACUCAUCCCCACAUGUAAUAAAUUGUGGUGUAUACAACGCUUUUACUGAUCAUGUAUAGGUUUUGAAAACCAAAGAUGGUGAUUUUAACUGUUUUGAAUGUGCUUUUAUUUUAUUUUUAGGAGAAAGAUGACAGGUUAAUUUUUGAGUUAAACAUUUCUGAUCAUUUUACUUAACUAUUCUUAGGGUUGUUGUUUUUUGUACUAACACAUAGGACAUUAUUACAAAUCAUAUAAUAAUGUGAGUAAAAGUACCUCCAAAUGUGAACUGCACUGUCAGAAACAUGUAAAGAGAUUUUCAACUGAUUAAAAAUCCUUUAGUGGAAUUUUAGAACGCAUUGUUGUCAAGCCAUCAGGAAGAAAUGAGCUUGUGUCCCAGUAUUUUUGCUGGAAAUAUUUUUAUGUGUGGGUAUGUAGUGAGAGUUAAAAAGCUUAUUGGAGUUCUUAAAAUUUAAAAAGUAGUGGGGAAAACUGGUCAAGGGUUUCCUCAAAUGCUUGAAGCUUAAGCAGGAAGACUAGUGGGCUGCUACAGGAGGGGUUUUGAGCACUAUCACUCUUAUAUACAGACUCAUCGCCUUCUUUUUUCCAUCAGUGGGACAUUCCCUGUUUGUUUGCCUGAUCCCGUAAUCAGGGGAAUGGUUUUUAUUCAUUUCAGGCACCAGCAAGUGCCUGACUCCAGCAUUAUCAAGUGACACAAUUCACACUAAUCUUUGUCAGCUAUUGGGCUGCACAGUGACCCUGGAGAGGAAAUACCUUUACAUGACUCAGUGCUUGAGUGUUUACAUUUACUCGGGAAGAGUAACUUAAUGUUGUACAGACAAGUGAAUAGCGUAUACAAAGUGUAUGGCUAUGAUUUUUACGUAAUGUGGAUUCAAUUUAUUAGCUACUAAUAACUGUUCAACAUUGCAGCAUAGAUGAUCAAAAGCCUCGGCAUUUACACAUUUGUACUGUCUUAUUAAUGUAACAGUUUCUCAUUUAUUUUCUAGUGGAGUAUAUUCUUAGAUUUAUAAUGCAGAAGAGUAGUGCUUACACAAGGAUGCAUCCUUGAUCAUGCUCCAGUGGACUGACACAAACGUGAACUCCUAAACCUCCAUUAUGUAUAAUAUGUACGGAAAGGUCCACUGACUUGGUUCAAACUUACUGUCACUGGAGUAUGAAACUGACAAGGCAGUAGACAAUGCUGUAAAGCAAAGCAAAGUGACAGGGAUGACUGGUCCUGUCACGUUAAGGCUUUUGUCAUGCUUCUCAGUUCACAUGGGUUGGACUUCAAGUCAUGCAUACGUUUGUGAUGCAAGACGGAGCAUCCAGGAGAGUUUACACAGAAAGAACAAAAAGACUAUCGUAAGCCCACUUUUUAUCUUCUAUCAUAACCAUUUUUGUCUGAAACAUCCCAGUUCCACAAUGGCAUUGCUGAAAGAUAAAGAAGGUUUUGAAUUCAUUGUUUUUUAUAGCACCAGUUCACAACACACGUCAUCUUAAGAAAAACAGGUCCAGUUAGUUUUCAAUUAAAUAGAAAUUCACAAUUGAUCAAACUCAUACAAAUAUCCUAUCAUAGACAGAUUAGAUUCAAAGACACACAGUCCAAUCUGAUCCAUUAGGUAACAUAAGACAGUCUAUUUCAGUUUAUAAUGCUGGGGGGGAUAUAUAGCAGGACGAUGGAGCAAGAGCUACAUGUAAAAGAACCGUAGGUCCCAGGCACAGCCGUCCGAAGUUCGAUUCCCAAACUUGAGACCCUUGUUGCAUGUCUUCCCCUCUUAUUGCUCUCAGUCAGUUUGCUUUUGAGUCAUUCACUUUGCAGCAAUCACUCCUACUGAGCAAGCAAGUUGAAACUAUGGGCAGAAUAUUCAUGUUAAAUGUACAUUUAAAGCAUCUCAGGUCAGAGUAACUACAUAGAGAAGCAAGGCAGUGUACAAAUCUAUAAAAAAUAAUCUUUAUUUGUAAAUUGGCUCAAGUAAUUUUGUAUUUUACUUUUUUUUACUUUUGUAUGAGGCAUUUAGUUUGACUGGAAAUAUGUUACAUGUUCCGUUUGUUCCGUAAUUUAAUCUCUUAUGUCAAAAUCUCGUGUAAAUAAUCAUCGACUUUUAUAGAAACACCAACUCAAAGAAAACGCUGAUUUGAUUGUUCAGAAAAUAUCAUUUGGCUAAACCACUGUGAUGUUUUAUAAACUGAGUGUCGAGGGAGGAGCUUGGGUCGAACCAAAGCGCAGACAAGAGCUCGGUAGCGACAUCAUAGUUUAUUCUUAAAAAAGGUUGAAACGUAACAAAAACACUGCAGGUACGAAUCCAGAGACAAAAUCCAAAACUUUCAAAACACUGCAGGUACUUUGGCAAAACGUAGCAUAAGCGAAGCAUAAACAAAGCAUAGUCAUGGUAGGGAAAGGGGUAAUCAACAGAAUAACAGAACCAGCCCAGAACAGACACCAAACCAACUAAUAUACUGGGGAAAUAACAAAAACAGAUAAUCAACGGAACAGGCAACAGGUGCGACAAGGGGGCAGGGAAGGAGCAGGAACAGGUGAAACAAAUACAAAGGCUG